UUACAUGGAAAAUCUUAUUUCGACCUUUUGUGUUUCCCCAUCUUCGUUUCAGACAUAUAUCAAGUCAAAUCUACCGUCCCGGAUGAAUCCUACUCUGUGCACUCCACAACAGGUAUUCCCGCAGCCCAUUCGCUGCCCGGACUCCCCCCUCUCCACAUCGACCCGAUGAUCAAUGUGGAAUGUCGUCUUCCUGAUGUACCAACAGAGGCACGACCGGAAGACCGAUUUCGAGACUUCCUACUACUCCCCAGCGAACGAUGUGUCACCACCACCUACGCACAAUCAGCGGAUUGUGCCCCUCAGCCCCUUCAUGACUGGAGCUACCCUGACCAGUCACCACACGGAACACAUCCAAAAUCGAAUAACCUUAAUGGACUGUUGGUGGUUCAUCUGGUUGCCGGAAACGGACUGAGUUCAUCUCAGAUUAUGCUACGGGAUCUGUACUGUGUGGUCGAAAUGGACUCUAUCCGAAAAGCUCGCUCAAUGAUUCGUACCAGUAGCAGUUUCUUUGAAUGGAAUGAAGUGUUUGAACUUGACAUGGAGGAAAGUCGUUUCUUGGCAUUCCUCCUCUAUCAAUGGGAUCCCCGGACAAAACAUCGAUUGUGUUUCUACGGUGGAAUUGAUUUGCGAAAUCUUAUUGGUAGGCUGAUCAGUUUGUCGAAAAAAUCCACCUCAUUUGGCACACCCGGACCAAACCAGACGGGACAGAAGCGAUAUCAACAAAUUUUGCUUAGCCCUGCUCUAACACUACUCCCCUCAAACUUUGAAAAAAUUGCCUUACAACUUGAACCGCGAGGUGUACUUUAUUUGGAAUUCGGUUACUAUCCACUCGAACGGAUCUAUCAUCGUUAUCAACCCACGGUAUCCACGAGUCUACAUCAUGCGUCCAUAUCGGACGACGUGCUGUUUGGUGUCACGAUUGACGAGCUGAUGGAACGUGAGCGUAAUAUAGUUCAGUUGACAUCCGGUCUUGGACGCGCACCAACUGCGUCCAGAUUUGUGAACGAUUCUCUGUACAUACCGCUGUUCAUUCGUAAAUGUGUUGAAGAGAUCGAUCGUCGUGGAACCGAAGUUGUCGGUAUCUAUCGUCUGGCCGGUUCGGUUUGGAUGAAACUGCAAGUUCGUGAGCUCUUCAACCAGGUGACCAGAAGUACAUUGCGUGCCGUAUUUCAAGGAGACCGUAAAGCCCUUGAAGGCAUUACUGGACUAAUAGAUUUGUCACCCGCUCGAGUACCGGAUAUUCAUGCUAUUACCGCUCUUUUCAAAGACUUCCUCCGUGAAUUACCGGAACCGCUAUUCACCAGCGCCUUGUAUCCAAUGUUCUAUGACGCGAUGCAGGUCACACUGCCGGAUUUCUCUCAGAGCGGGGCCAAACUGAUGUUGAAUAUAUUGGACUGCUUACCCACAAACAACCAGGAAAUUUUACUCUACCUACUGGACCAUUUUAAGCGAAUCACCAGUCAAAGCGAAAUAAACAGAAUGAACACACACAAUCUGGCCAAUUGUCUCGCUCCGGUCCUAUUCUAUCCAGCACCCAACUCAGCUCGAAACAUGGACCCAGCCAUUCUGGAACCUCGAAAAAUGGCCGAAAUAUUUCAGUUUAUCUUGGAGAUUUGGCCCGACGAAAGGAAACCCCCAACAUGCACUGCUUCUGGUGUCCAUAGCUGGCCCCCGGCGCCCUAUCACUUCGCCGGCCAGGAAGAAACACUCUCGCGUCAUCCAAUGUAUCGUUCACAUCGACACAAACAAGCGCCCCCGCACUAUCGGACUUCAAGCACAGUACGAUCUACCUUGUCCGGACCGGCUGCUCCGGGCAUUGAGGACCACUCAUCCCAAUUUGACCACCGCUCAUCCAAUGUUGCAGCCUCUGGUAAGUGCUUACUCGGAGAAAACAAAAUAAAUUACUGUCAGAAUUGUGAUCAUAUUGAUCGAAAGGCUGACUUUUCAGCUUUGGAGCUCAUAAAACAGCAUCGCUUGGAAGAUGUGGCAGAUAGCGCUCGGCGAACACAGUUUGACCACUACCCACCUCCAUCACAAACUGGAAGAGCACUUAUGCAAACGCACAAUACCACGACGCCAAGACGGACUCGAGAAACGGAAGCCGCAAUGUUUGAGAACAUGCCAGAGGAACAGGCUCGUAAAGCCCGUCACCCACACUUCCAUGACAUCCCGACCACGGGCUCCACGGAUAGUGGAACUCGCUCAAGUCUAUCAACCGGUGGACGUCACGGAGCUUCCACGUCCAGACAGGCACCUCUCAUUAAACGGUCUACUAGGCCUGACAGUGCCAGAAGUUUCAGUCAAGAAAGAAAGGUAUAUUCUCACAGUCCCCGGUCCUCAAGACGUUCGCAACCGUAUACCUGA